AUGCCGCCAGCAAAAGACUACAACGCAAAAGCUUCAUAUGGGCGGUCACUAUCAAAUAAUGAAACCACAAUGUCAGCUCGUGUCUACCACCCGGCGACAAAUCUGAUACCUCCAUCACCACCAACUACCCCGACGGGUUCAGCUCCAAUGUUCCCGAAUCGCAGUCAAUCCACGAGUUCCUGGAGCCGGCAGAAUAGUAAUAGCAAAUAUUCUUGA